AUGAACCAUCCUUACCCAAUCGACCUCCGAGUUCCUGGGAACAAGGGAUACAGCGGUAAAAUCGACCCCGAGGAACACGUUAACGCGUACUAUGGCAAUAUGUUGAUGAUGGGAGUGUCAGACGCCGUGAUCUGCCGAGCGUUUUACUCCACCCUAGAGGGCCGAGCGAUUGAGUGGUUCAAGACCCUGGAGGCUAAGUCCAUCGACAUCUUCGCGGAAUUGGCGCGAAGAUUCAUACAGCGCUUCGCCACCUCGAAGGCUGUUCGCAGACACUUCACCUACAUAGAAAUAGCAAAGGAAGAGGAGGGGGAAACCCUGGCUGAAUUCCUCGUCAAGUGGAAGAGCGCGGUGGGUGAGGUGGAACCCAUGGACGACCGAACCGCCAUUAACGUCCUCCAUUCCUCGUUGCGAGCGGGUCCGUUGUAUCAGGAUUUUAUCCUCCGACCUCCCCUGUCAUACGAGGAAGCGCUGCGGCGGGUGGCCGCCCAUGCGAAUGCGGCGAAGCGGCGACAGGAGGCCGGGCUGAGCCGGAACGACCGAAGGAAUAACGAUCGACCCCCCAAGCCCAAGGACGGGCCGAGCCGGGAGAAGGCUCCAACCUUUUCCCAAUUAACGCGUCUGGUGGCGGAAGUUCUGGACUACGCCCAGUCAUGUAACCUCAUUCGGUUGCCGGAGCCCGGCCGGGACGGGGAAGAUAAAUCCAAAUAUUGCGCAUACCACCGAAACAGAGGACACAAUACCGAGGAUUGUUCUAGCCUAAAGAGGGUCGUGGAGGAGCUCCUGAGGUCCGGCGAGUUAUCCCAAUUCGUGCAAAAGGAAAAGAGCAAAAGGUCUUGGAAAAAGAUGUUUAGAAGGUCCGGGAAGGACAGGAAAAACAGAAAUAAUCAAGACGACAAGGAUGAACGAGAAGAGCCGCCGCCAUCGUCAAGCGCAAAACAGACUAUCCAUGUGUUUUUCGGAGGCCUAGAGGGUGGCGACGACCCCGAAGAGUGUCGACAGUGGUCCCGCGAGUUGCACGUCGGCCUCGUGGAGUUCGAACCCCGCGCAAAGCGGCCCCGGGCAGACCCCAUAGCAUUCACCGAAGAUGAUUUGCCGUCGUAG